UUUAAUUAUAUUUCAACAAGCAAUGGCAAAGAACAGAAGAGAAUUCAUCCCAGAAGAAUUAUCUGACGCUAUUAUGGCUUGUUCUAAAGGAUGGUAUUUGUUUAAUAACAAGUGCUACAAGUUCGGAGGCAAAAACAAGCGAGCGAGAAAAAGCUGGCAAAAGGCAUCGGAGGAGUGUUCCAAUCUUGGAGGAACAUUGGCUUCAAUUCAUAGCCAAGAAGAACAAAAUUUCAUCAAUGCUACAUUCCUGUUGGAAGUGGAAAGGUUUGGGGUAUGGAUCGGUUUGAACGAUAGAGGAAAGGAAGGCGAUUAUCAGUGGGAAGACGGUUCGCCUGUUACCUACACAUACUGGGCACCGAAUGAGCCUGCCGGAGAAAGAGACCACAACGAAGAUUGCGUUGAAUUAAGAUUUUUCCCGAAUCCACGGAAUGGUGAAUGGAACGAUCUUCAAUGUGAUGCUGAUAUUCCUUUCAUUUGCCAAAAAGAUACAAUCGAGUAUUCUGUCGCCAACGUACCAUUGGACGCAAGAUACUGCUCGGAAGAUAAUAAUUCAGGAUGGAAGUUUCAUAAUUCUUGCUAUAACUUAAUCAAAGAAAAGAAAACCUGGAAAGAAGCCGAAGACUAUUGCAGAGAUCACUAUUCUGGAUAUCUGGUUACUAUUAGAGACAUCAGAACUGAUUAUUUUCUCGACUAUAUGCUCAAAGAAUAUACAGAGAAAGUAUGGAUUGGGAUUUCAAUAAAAGAAUCCAACGUCCAAACGUGGUCAUCCGGAUGGUUCGUAGGAUACAAUAGAUGGAGCAAACAAAAGCAAUAUUUGACAGAGGGAACGUGUGCAUCUCGACUUAAUGAUACACCGCCGUUGUUGACACCCUCUAUAGAAGGAGCUGUCUGUCCCCAAGAAGCAGAAGGGUGGAAAGAUCUCGGUGGUGACAUGUGCUACUUCUUUGAAACAGAAAAAUCUGUCACGUGGUACGAAGCGAGCUUUAUGUGUUUACAAAAAGGUGGAACUCUCGCAAGCAUCCAUUCUCAAGCAGAAGCAGACGUCUUGCACCAAUUUGCUCUGUAUUCCAAAGAUGCACUGCAUUUUGGACUUCAACUGCACAUGGGACUUCACCGAAAAGUACAAGGAGGAAAUGAAUUUGUUUGGUCGGACCGUACACCAUUUGACUUCAAGAACUGGGAUUCAGGUGAACCUAAUAGGGACGAUGAAAGCUGUUCCAUGGUAUAUACGUUAUUCAUGAAGUUCCAUAAUUUUAAGUGCGACGAAAGGAGGGGUUUUAUUUGCUCUAUCAAAAAAGUAUUACUACCCAAAGAAAUCAAUGGGACAUUGGUGGAAACUCAUGAAGCUGCAAAAAACGGGGAAACUAGCGUCUCCAUUCCCACUUUGGUUGGCAUACUUGUCGGCUGUUUGCUGAUUGAAGCAGCAAUAAUUGUCAUCUGUAUUUACUACUUCAAGCUACGAAGGAGAAGAGCCAAGAAUUCUUCACUGAAGCACAUGAAACGUUUGUCCCGUUUACCCAACUCUCUGAAGUUGGAAACAGGCUAUGACCAGAGAUGUGUUGUUCAAGACGAUGACAACUACGAGCCAAUGGCUUAGCAAGCAUUGGCUCGUAUGCACUCGCAAGCAUUGGCAUGUAUUACGAUGUUUCAAAAUACAAACGUGCUAAAUUUUAUGUCAAUUUGUUGAUUUCCCUUUUGUUGCAUUCAUAAAUCCUCUACAUCUUUACUAAUAAUAAAGCUCAAAGUCUCUCUGUCUGGAUCUCUGUGACGCUCACAGCGCUCAAACCGAUCGGCCAGUUUUCACGAAAUUUGGCACAGAAAUAGUUUGUAGCAUAGGGGUGUGCACCUCGAAGCGAUUUUUUGAAAAUUCGAUUUUGUUACGUUUCUUUUCCAAUUUUAAGAACAUUUUACCCAGCAAAUUAUCGUAACGUGGAAUAUUAAAUUACGAAAUUAUCAUAACGAGGAACCGUAACAUGGGCGAACAAAUGAACAUAGCCAAUUGGCGAGAAAUUCAUCAUGCAUUAUUUGUAAAUAUACAGGCGAAUAAAAUGACCUUUUAGUUUUCCACUUCGGGCAAAGCCGUGCGGGUAUCACCAGUAAAAAAAUAAAAAGAAAAAUUCCUUGCAGAAGAACUUUCUGAUCUAAUUAAAAGUACUUUUUGAACACGAUGCACAUUAACUUGGAAACUUUAGACCGUAACCGUAGUACCCCCUGCGUGCGCUGAAUUUUGGAUAACUCUGCAUUUCUUGCACAUAAAAAAAUACACGAAAAAAAUUCUGGAUUAAAGAGUGACAAUGCUGCUAUAUCUAUAUCCUUUAAUGGUGCAGACUGUUGGAUU